GCAGGAAGUUAUAAUGUGUUCAAAGCACAUCUCAAACGCACAUCAGAAACAACUCACUCAUGCGCUCAUUAAUAUUCUAAAGUGUAUGUGAUUCCAAGGAUAUGUCUCUGAAAGGCAAUAUUACUGGAAUAUCCAACGGACUUAAGACACUGGCUGUUUCAGAUGGCGAACUGAAUAUGCUGGAGAUCGAUGAGCGUACAGCUACACAGUACUCCAGCAGUAACUCCAGCCUGCCCACUGUACCUGGCGAGGGGGCGAGAGGGGUGGGUCAGGUGGCCAGCUGGGCCGUCAGCUUUGAGAGACUGCUGGAAGACCCCACAGGCGUGCGCUAUUUCACAGCGUUUCUGAAAUCUGAGGUCAGUGCUGAGAACAUCUUAUUCUGGCUAGCAUGUGAAAAGUUUCGCAAGAUACCUGCCAAUCAAACUGAGCAGUUGAAGAGAGAGGCUCUCUCAAUUUACAACAGCUUCCUGUCCAGCAGCGCGACGAGUCCCAUCAAUAUAGAUGACAGGGUACGAGUGGAGGAGAAAGACAUACAAAACCCCCAUUCUGACAUCUUUCAAAAGGCCCAACAACAGAUCUUCAAGCUGAUGAAGUUUGACAGCUAUACUCGCUUUGUGCGCUCUCAGCUCUAUCAGAGCUGCAUGCUGGCUAAUGUGGAGGGCAGGCCUCUGCCCGGGCUGGACUCUCGUGGCAAACCCCUCACUUCAACAAAAUACACCAGCAGUACUUCACCCAGACAGCAAGCCAAGACCGACAACAGAAAUAAGGAGAGGUUAAAGGUCAAGUCAGGAACAGCAGAGUCUGAUGAUGGGGUAGAGAGGAGAAAGGUCAGUCUGCAAGGCUUGACUGGAAAGGACAAGCGGAAAGAGAAGAGAAGCUCCUGGGGAGAAUCCCCAAACGCGUGUGGAUUGAAGAGUUUAGAGGUUGAGAAAUUAGUAGCACACUCUGCAGAAGGAAGGGCUGAUAAGUACUGCUGUGUCUUCCUGCCUGAUGGCACGGCCUCUCUGACCCCGGCCCGACCUGGCCUCACUGUCCGCAGCAUGCUCACCGGCUUGUGUGAGAAAAGAGGCCUUCCUUUGAAAGACAUCAUCAUCUAUCUGCAAGGCAAAGACAAGAAACCCCUGUCUUUGGACCAGGACAGCUCUUUGCUGAAGGACCAGCAGGUGUUUUUAGAACUGAGGGUUACUUUUGCUGUGAAGGUAGCAUUUGCAGGUAAGACAGUGGCUGUUGUGGUGAAGUCCAAUAAGACCCUGCAGGACGCACUUGCCACAAUGCUUCAAAAAUACCGCCUCAGGUCACAGGACGCCACUGUCACUAUGAGUGGAAGUGGACAGAUCGUAAAUAUGAACACAGCUGUCACCUCUCUGGCCAAUAAGACACUAAUUCUUGAUAGAGGUGUUGAUCAGGCCAGCAGCUCAAAGGGCACCUUCUCACCUUCUUCAUUACAAGAUCGAAGAGGUGCUGUGGAUGCAAACAUGUUCCCUCCAGGAAUUUCCAGAUCAACUGCCAGACAGAGGAACCCUGGAUUGAGGAGAACAUAUGACAUGGAGGGUUUGGUGGAGUUGUUAAACCGAGCUCAGUGUUGCAGUGCUGAUGAUCAGAGAGGUCUCCUGAAGAAAGAACAUCUGAUGAUACCUCAGUUUCUCCAGUUAGGGGAUGAAGUGGAGGAAACAGAGACAAGCAGAUCACUGGAGUCCUGCUCCAGCAUGGGGUCUUUCGAAGCGAGUGCUCCUGCUGCUUCAAUACAAGCAGACCCAUUAGAGGAGAGACUGUCUGAAAGUGGGAGCUCUAAUCCAGCUCGAGAAACUGUGGUGUGAGCUAUAGCUGAAUGGUCGUGUUGCAUCACUUGCUUCAGUGAUAAGUCACACAACAUAAUACAGGAUGUUUGAGUAAUGUGAACAUGUGAUGGUAUUUAAAGUCAACAUGAAACCAAAAUUGACCCAAUUCACUUACUUAAUACACAGUCCUGGUCUUAUUGUGCAUAAUUCAUUGGUACAUGUUAUUCAAAAGAGAAAAAAGUUUGUCUUCAUAUUCUUUUAUCAAAAUGUAAGAACUGGCUUCGCCCCUAAAACAGCAUUUUGGUAUAAAACCACUUUUCAUGAUCCAAUCAAUUCCGAAUGGAUAAAAUGAAGUCCCCCCAUUCUCUUUGAAUAUCCGAUGUUCUCGGAAGUACAUUAUAUUUUGGAAGUAAAAUGGGUUGCGAAUGCCAUUUCAUUUAGACUUUAAUUAUGGACACUUGUCGUUGGGACUUUUUUGAUAACAGGAAAUGCUAUGAAAUAUUGUUUACAGUAGAUGUGAUUCUGCACAAUGUUAAUGCCCAGCUGCUUGUAUUUAUUUCAAAUUGAUUGACCUAACAACAAUACAGUUUGUUUUCAUGAAGA